AAACAAAGAUAUAUGGGGUUCUUUACAAUGCUCUGGGAAACACUCUGCCUCCCUUUCUUCUUCCUCUGUCUUAAAAUAGCCUUCUCAUCCUCUUUACUUGCUUCUUCCUUCUCAACAACACAUGUCUGCUCUCAUGAGCAGGCUGCUGCUUUGUUGCAAUUCAAGACUUCCUUUUCCAUCAAUUCAACUGUUUAUAAUCGUCCUUUAUGUGAGCAUUUUUAUGAUAUUAAAGCAAAUUAUUCUAAGACUGAGUCUUGGAAGGAAGGUAUCGACUGCUGUUCCUGGGAUGGGGUAAUCUGUGAUAAUGUCAAAGGUCAUGUAAUCGCCCUUGAUCUCAGCUGCAGUCUCCUUUCUGGUACCUUUCCUUCCAACAGUACUCUUUUUCUCCUCAAAAACCUGCAGAGCCUCAAUCUUGCCUUCAAUGAUUUUAGGCUUUCCAAGAUUCCACCAGAAAUCAGUCAGUUUGCUAGACUAAAGCAUCUUGAUAUCUCUUCUUCUCGGUUUUCCGGCCAAGUUCCAGUAGAAAUUGCUCACCUCCCCAAGUUAGUUUCUCUCAAUCUCUCUGAUUUGUACACUUGGGGUCCUGAUCCUAAUGUUUACUAUAUUUCUUCUCAUAAAUUGAUCCUUGAAACAACUACCUUGAGAAAUCUUGUUCAGAACUUAAGUGAGGUGAGAGAACUUGUGCUUUAUGGAGUGAACAUGACAUCUGUUAAUCCUCGUUGCUUCAUGAAUCUCUCUUCUUCUUUGACUACUCUUGAACUUCGGGAGAGUGAGUUAAGAGGAAACUUUCCAAACAGUAUUCUCCGCUUUCCAAACCUCAAGACAUUUUGUUUAGGUCGUUUAGGUCGUUUAGGUGGAGAGGAAAACCUCACUAUUGAUCUUCCAAGUUCCAAUUGGAGCAGUCCUCUCCAAUAUUUGUAUUUAAGUGUUAUGGAUUGCGGAGGGCGAUUGCCAGAGUCUAUAGGAGAUCUAAAGUCAUUACAAUCUCUAAGUCUUAGCUGCAACUUGGAAGGUCCCAUUCCCGCUUCUAUAGGGAACUUAUCCCAACUUACUUCCCUAAACCUCUAUUCUAACAAUCUUAGCGGACAAAUCCCAUCAUCACUUGCAAAUCUCACACAACUUACCUCUCUUGAGGUUUCCAAUAAUCAGUUUUCUGGUCCCAUUCCUUUUCAUGCAAGUAGGUUUUCCAAACUAAUCUAUCUAGACUUAUCUUAUAACUUACUUAAUGGCACGUUGCCACCUUGGAUUUUCACCCUGCCGUUGUUAAAGUACUUAUUUCUCGAUCAUAACCAAUUUCAAGGUCAAAUAAAUCAAUUCCAGCAAAAAUCACUCAUACAACUAGAUUUGUCAAACAAUAGACUCCAGGGCUCAAUUCCUAACUCAAUUGCUAAUUUAGUAAAUCUUAGUCAUCUCCAUUUAUCAUCAAAUCAUCUCAGUGAUUUAGUAGUAGCUGACAUGUUCUCGGCACUUCAAAAUCUGGAAUCCAUCAGUCUUUCACAAAAUAAUCUUUCUUUGAGAGUCAAUGUCGAUGCCAACUUCACAUUACCCAAACUAACUUCUUUUGACUUGUCUUCUUGUAACUUGAGUAAAUUCCCCAAUUUCUUAAGACAUUCAGAUGGUCUGCAAAGCCUACUGCUAUCAAAGAGUAGCAUUCAUGGCAAUAUUCCUAAAUGGAUAUGGGAAAAGGAUGAUCUCAGAGUUCUUGACCUUUCUCAUAACAAUUUAGGGGGGAAAAUCCCAAAUUGUCUUCCUAAGUCUCUCUCAGUGCUGAAUUUGAAGGGCAAUAACUUUGAUGGAAAUAUACCAUUUUGGUUUACAAAGAGCUGUGAAUUAGAAAAUCUCAACUUGCAUGGAAAUCAAAUGGACGGGCUAUUACCAAGGUCUUUGGUGAAUUGUAGCAUGUUAGAGGUUCUAGACGUUGGCAACAACAACAUAAAUGAUACAUUCCCUCAUUGGUUGGAAUCUCUACAACAGCUUCAAGUGCUUGUCUUAAGGUCCAACAAGUUCCACGGUUUCGUGGAUAGCACCAAAGAAGGUCCAUCUUUUCCCAACUUGCGAAUUCUGGACCUCUCCAGCAAUUAUUUUGUUGGUGCUUUGCCUAUUCGGUACAUUGAAAAUUUUAAUGCGAUGAUGGACACUCAUAGAGAUGACGGUUCCCCUGAAUACAUGAGGAUGAGAGAGGUUUCUUAUCAAUAUUCACUGGUGGUGAUAAUCAAGGAGUAUGAGCUGAAGAAAAUCUUGACCACAUUCACUAGCAUUGAUCUCUCAGAAAACAACUUCGAAGGAGAAAUUCCAGAUGUAAUUGGAAAGCUUAGUUCUCUCAAAGGGCUUAAUCUUUCUCAUAACAACCUCAGUGGUCCUAUCUCACCAUCACUAGGGAAUUUGACGAAUCUUGAAUGGUUGGAUCUCUCUUCCAACGAGCUAAGAGGUGAAAUUCCAGAUGAAUUCCCAAAUUUCUUAAGACAUUCAAAUGGUCUGCAAACCCUAGUGCUAUCCAGAAAUAGCAUUCAGGGAAAUAUUCCUGAAUGGAUAUGUGAAAAGGAUGAUCUCGAAAUUCUUGACCUUUCUCAUAACAAUUUAAUCGGGAAGAUUCCAAACUGUCUUCCUAAGUCUCUCUCAGUGUUGAAUUUGCAGGCCAAUUUCUUUGAUGGAAAUAUACCAUUUGGGUUUCCAAAGGGCUGUGGAUUACGAAAUCUCAACUUACAUGGAAAUCAAAUGGACGGGCUAUUACCAAGGUCUUUGGUGAACUGUAGCAAGUUAGAGGUUCUAGAUGUCGGCAAGAAUAACAUCAAGGAUACAUUCCCUCAUUGGUUGGAUUCUGUACCAGACCUUCAAGUGCUUGUCCUAAGGUCCAACAAGUUCCACGGUUCUGUGCAGAGCACCAAACAAAGUCCAUCUUUUCCCAAGUUACGAGUUCUGGACCUCUCCAACAAUGAUUUUGUUGGUCCUUUGCCUAUUCGGUACGUGGAAAAUUUUACAGCGAUGAUGGAACCUCACAGAGAUCACGAUUCCCCUGAAUACAUGGCAACGGGAUUUUAUCAAUAUUCACUGGUAGUGAUAAUGAAAGGAUUGGAGUAUGAGCUGCAGAGAAUCUUUACCUUAUUCACUAGCAUUGAUCUCUCAGAAAACAAGUUCGAAGGAGAAAUUCCAGAUGUUUUUGGAAAGCUUAGUUCUCUCAAAGGGCUUAAUCUUUCUCAUAACAACCUUACAGGUCCUAUCUCACAGUCACUAGGGAAUUUGACAAACGUCGAGUGGUUGGAUCUCUCUUCCAACGAGCUGGUAGGGGAAAUUCCGGAUGAGUUGGCAAACAGUUCAACACCUUUGGAAAUGGUUCUUAUGAAAGAAACCUUGGACUGUGUGGAUUCCCAUUGUCAAAAUCUUGUGAUGGAAAUGGGACACAGCCGAGCUCAUUCCAAGAGAAAGAUGAGUCGUGGAGAUUUGGCUGGAGAGUUGUGGUGUUAGGCUAUGGGUGUGGAGUUGUUUUUGGACUGCUGAUGGGAUAUCAUGUCUUCCGUACAGGAAAACCAAAAUGGUUUGU